ACGCAGACACUCACAGAGAGAGGUAUAGUGUUUUCUUUGGAGAUUGCGUUACAGUGGGGCGAGGAGAGAGAGAGAGAGGCGGGCUCAGUAAUGGGGACUUACUUAAAUACCUUGCAAGUCAACCAGCAAGACACAGAGCACUCAGCUGUUUGGAUUGACAAUAAUAUGGACGGAUUGAAACUUCAACUGAUCUAACAUAUUGUAUAGUUGGCGUGUCUGCGCGUUUGGGGUCAGCAUGAGCGGGGACUGCACGAGCUACUACAACGCAGAGAAAGUGCUCAUAAACGAGUUCAUGUGCCCUAAACCGGACAACGAUGCAGGAGCUCUUUUCUGCUGUGGCUUCAAUGACAUGAAAUACUGUUGCGAUGACCCCAACAGUUUUUUCCCAUACGAGUAUGGAUACAUGUGGUGGUUGAGUCUGGGAGCGCUGGUUGGCCUGUCCAUAGCAGCUGUGGUCCUGCUAGCGUUCAUCAUCACUGUCUGUGUCCUGUGCUAUCUGUUCAUUGCGACCAAACCCAGAGGCCUUGACAACGGACUGCCCCUCAUAGCACCAGGUGCUGUACCCAGUCCACGAGAGGGGCCGAGUCGGCGUCACCCCAGUAGCCCCCCUACGGGUCCCCAAGGGUUUAAGAAGCACUUCUUGAGUGGUAAACUGGACUGUGACAACCAGCCUCCAGAUCCAGACCGCCUCUUCCAGAGGUGCUUCAUGGCCACCGUCACCACCAUCAAUGUGGAGGGGUCUUCAUAGACUGGCCUAGGACUCUCAAACCAGUAUAGACUGGGAGGAGAGGAGGAUGGCUGUGUAAGAGGCGGAGAAGAUAGGAGCAUUAAAUCAGACUGACAAUGCAUCUACUACCAGGACUCUCUUUCUCUCUUUUUCUCUCUAUUUUUGUCCCCUCUUUAAAGGUCCAAUGCAGCCUCUUACAGUAUAUCUCAAUAUCACAUGAUUUAUGGUAAUAAUUAACUAUCUUACUGUGACUGUUUUCAAUUAAAAUGGCCAAAAAUAGCUUCUUAGCAAAGAGCAAUUUCUCAAGCAAGAUUUUUGCUAGGACUGUCUAGGAGUUGCCUGAGUGGAGAAGGGAACACUGAAAACUAGCUGACAUUGGCAAAGAGGUUUGGAACUCUCUUUCUUAUUGGGCUGUUAACUAAUUUACCGCCUGGUGAUGUCACCAGGUAGGCCAAAACAUUUCAGGCAGUCUUUUCAAACAGCUCUUACAAUUAAAGGGCAUUAUCAUCAUUUCCACAAUUUCACAGUAUUAUUCCAAUCUCAAAGUGUGGAAAUAUAUAUAAAAUACAGGAAAAGGGACUGCACUGGGCCUUUAACUCUCUCAUACCUCCCACUCUCUGUCGGUAAUAAUUUGUGGCUGUCCAACUGUCGUUCUGUUGCAGCUCUGGUGAAGCUAUAGGGGAAGGGUAAAGGAAGCGAGGGGAAGGGUAAAGGAAGCGAGGGGAAGGGUAAAGGAAGCGAGGGGAAGGGUAAAGG